AUGGCCUCACAGCACGAGACACAACUCCUUCAAAUACUGGCAGAUACACAAUCAUCUGCAGAUGGACCCCGCAGACAAGCAGAAAUCUUUCUGAAAUCUGCUCAAAAUGAUCCAGCCUUUCCUUCCACGCUCGCAUCAAUUGCUUCUCAUUCCACCGUCCCUUCAGAACUUCGACAAGCUGCUUUAUUAAAUUUAAAGAACUUUACCAGUAAGAAUUGGACUGGUCAUGAUGAUAAUGGCAAUCCGACCAUUCAAAUCGAGGAGGGCGCAAAGGCAGAGAUUAGAGCACGAAUGUUGGGAAUUGCUACAAGUGAUGUAGAUUCAAGGAAGAUUAAGGGUGCAGCUAGUAUGGUGGUUAGCAAAAUUGCAAAUGUCGAUUAUCCAGAUCAAUGGCCAGAUCUCCUUCCAACUAUCCUACACAUCAUUCAAACCGGCACAGAUUUACAAUUACAUGGAUCAUUGAAAGUAUUAGCAGAUGUUGUUGAGGAAAGUUUGAGUGAAGAUCAAUUCUUUUCCGUCGCACGAGAUAUUGUCAAUACUGUUUAUGGUGUAGCAGUCAAUGAAGCACGUCUAGGGAAAUUACGCGCGCUAUCAGUGUCUGUUUUCCGAGGAACUUUCGAUAUUAUGGAAAUGGUCAAGGACGAGCAUGGAACGGAAGUUAAGGCAUUUGCGGAGGAAGUCCUAAAGGACUGGACACCAUUCCUUGUGGCUAUUAUGAAGCAACCUUUACCUCCACCACCAAAAGAAUCCGAAGAGGAUGGACCAGUCGAUCAACAAUGGCGUGGAGUUAUUGCAUUAAAGUUACAAGUUGUCAAGACCUUGAUGAAGAUCAAAUCGGUUUUCCCAACAUUAUUACUUCCACAAAGUCCAGUUUUAUUCAGCGCUACCUGGGCGGAAUUGUCCACUGCACAGCCUAUAUUCCAAGAGAUGUAUGUCGAUAAUGAUAUGCCAGGUCGCAUGGAGGAUGCGGAUAAUUUGCCAUAUACUUUGGAUUUCUUGGUAUUGGAAGAACUCGACUUUUUACAAUCAUGCUUGAAAGCUCCACCGGUACAAAAAGAACUCGAAACUCAAUUACAAGCAAAUGCUGGUGCGGCUAUGACCCCUUGGGUUGUUGACGUUAUGAAGCUUGCUGUCAAUUAUGCACAGAUUCUCAAGGAAGAGGAAGAAUUAUGGGAUAUCGAUGUCAAUUUAUUCUUGGCAGAGGAAUCAUCAGUCACCACACAAUACACUCUCAGAAUGUCUUGUGGAGACCUCCUUAUCAAACUGGGUGAGUGGUUGUCUCAUGGUGCUUUGGAAGGUUUAUUGGCCUAUACCCAAAUGAUCUUUUCCUCGGACGCCGCUUCAUGGAGAAUGAGAGAGGCAGUUUUAUUCCUUCUUACUCAACUCACAAAUGAUUUCUUGGAUUGCGACAAGGAGAUCCGCCCGGAGGUUUCCCAAGCUUUCUUACCUUUCAUCGAUUAUUCCAUCAACAGAGAAGAAGAGCCCUUAUUGCGCGCCAGAGGAUAUCUGGUUGCUGGUAAUCUUGCACAAAGUGUACCCCAGGUUUCUCUUGGAUUACUUGAUCGUACAGUCAGAGGUGUCAAUGUAGAUGAGGCCGAAGUUGUCAAGGUUUCUUGUAUAAAAUCUAUUCAAGGAUACAUCCUAGCUCACACUGUACCUGCUGAUCGACAACUUCCGAUUAUUGCUUCCAUAUCCGAAUUUCUUCACUCAAAGGAUCUUACAGAACUUGAAUCUGCAGAUGAUCUUCUUGUUACCUUGGUGGAAUCUUUGAGAUCUGCAAUUCAAAUGGAUACAAGAGUAACACUUGCAGAUGAAGGUGGAGCUUUAGAUUUAUUGUUUGUCCUUGCAAAACAUGGCGCCUCGAACUUUCAAUUGACUAUGUUGGUCACUGAAUCAUUCGAAGAAAUCGUUGAAUCAUUUACUGGUGGACCGGGUUACCCAGCUUUAUGUACUAAAGUAUUGCCUUCAUUGAUCGGUGCAUUUGAUGUGGGAUCUAUAACUGAUGAUGAUCCUUUGGUAGAGCUUGCCGCAGACUUACUUACUAUUCUUACCGAGAAUGGAUCGGAGCCACUUCCAGCCGGAUAUGUUGCUGCCGUAUUACCUAAGUUGAAUCGACUUUUGAUGACCACAACUGAAGGUGGUAUUUUACGACCAGGUGCUGAGGCAAUCAAGUAUAUGCUCAUGCAUGAUCAUCAACAAGUCUUUGCUUGGCAUGAUGAAAGCAACAAAUCAGGUUUGGAAGUUUGUCUAAUCAUUAUUGAUAGAUUACUUGGUCCUGAAGUGGAAGACAAUGCAGCAUCAGAAGUUGGAGGUCUUGCAGCCGAACUUGUUGAGAAAGCUGGUCAAGAACGUCUUGGUCCAUAUUUACCACAACUCUUGAGAGCUGUUGCUACACGUCUUGCUACAGCAGAAGCUGCUCCUUUCAUCCAAUCUUUGAUUUUGGUUUUUGCUCGCUUAUCUUUGGUCGGAGCACAUGAUGUUGUUGAAUUCUUGAACCAAAUUGAAAUCAAUGGUCAAAGUGGUUUACAAGUUGUUUUAAGCAAAUGGUUGGAGCAUUCAGUUAUGUUUGCAGGAUAUGAUGAGAUUAGACAAAAUGUCAUCGCACUCUCGAAAAUUUUCAGUCUCAAUGAUCCACGUGUUGGUCAGACCAUGGUUAAGGGUGAUUUAAUCAUUCCAACCAGUAAUCGGAUCAUGACUCGAUCCAAGGCCAAACUCAGUAAGGACGGAUCAUACUUCACGCCCCCACCACAACUAACACGACAAUCAGACCCCGAUCAAUACACAAUUAUUCCUGCCUCUUUGAAAAUCAUCAAAGUCCUAAUCGAAGAACUUAUUUCGGCAUCAGGACUUCAAAAUGCAGCAACGGCAGCAGCAGCAGCAGAAUUCGCGGAUGAAGAUGGAGAUGAUGACUCGUGGGAAGAUCUUCCAAGUGUACUUGAUCUAGGUUUGUCGAGUACAAAGGCGGAUCUUAUGGCAUUUGGAGAGGGAAGAGGGGGUUUCGGAAGAAACAGAGAUGAUGAGACGCAAGCUUACUUGACAGAAUUCUUUGUUAAGGCUGGAAGAGAAAAUGUAGGAGGAUUUAAUGAGUUUUAUGAGGCAUUAACGGAUGAGGAGAAGGUCAAGUUGCAAGAAUUGGCUCAGGGGGCUUGA